AUGGCAGCACCGGCUAACAAGACAAUCGGCGACCUUGGAGGCAAAUGGGUUAUGAACAAGACCCUCUCCGACGACGUCGAGCCGGGCCUGGCCCUGCAGGGCAUCGGCUGGAUGACGCGCAAGGCCAUCGGGCUGGCGACAGUGACGCUGCAGGUCAAGCAGUACACGGACGCGGCGGACGGCAAGCCGCACCUGGACAUCGAGCAGACAGCCACGGGCGGGAUCAAGGGCACGUCGGAGCACCGGACGCUCGACGACACGCCGCGCGAGCACGCGGACUGGCUCUUCGGCAAGGUCAAGGGGCGCUCCCUCUACAUCGCGGCGGACGCCCUGCCCGCCAAGGUCAAGGAGCAGCUCCUGGGCGACGACUUCCUGACCGAGGGCUGGCUCCAGAGCGACGAGGAGAAGACGGGCCCCGGCGGCGCGCUGCACGUCGUGAACUGGGUCGAGGCCGAGGCCGGCUGGACGGUGGCGCAGGUCUGGGGCUUCCAGACUGUCGGCGGAGAGAGGCGGUAUGCCAGGAACAUCGUGAUUACGAACAAGGACAAGAAGGUCGAGCUGAGAUUGGUCUAUGACUUCAUAUCGGAGUAG